AUGUCUCAACCACAGAAUAUCGGCGAUGUAAUAGAUACCCGGCGACGGUCACGUUCCAAAACUCCCAGCAUGAACCUACGCGUCAGCUCCGACCGUGAGCUGAACGGCUCGGAAACAUCACCCGGUCGAAAAGUGCGCAAAACGCCUACGGUCGGUAUGAUCGAGGAGGAAGCAUCACCCACCGUCCAGAAAUCUGUUGCGGCCGCUCAAGGACGGCCCAACACGGUGCGUACUGCCCGCAACGUAACCUCGGACUACUCGUCCGAGGAUGUAUCGCCGGACCGAGCACGGCAGGCGGCAAUGGCAGUGGCCGCAAACGCACAGCUAUCGAAAACCACCAGCCAGCUGACGCAAUCGUCCGUUAAUACCACAACAACGAAGACCACCACCCAGCAGACGACGAUCAUUCUCGAUGGUGGCAAGGAAAAGCUAAGCACCACACAAACCGUCACACAGACCAGUGCAAAGGCAAACGAGAAAGAUAAUGCGACCAGCGGGAAGGAAAGCCUUUCGAGUUCGCCAAAGAAAGACACCGAGACGCAAAAGUCUUCAAGCACAGCCUCAACCGUCACGCGAAGCACCAAAAUGGCCGCUGCCACUGUUAUUCGUACGAGCACGCCCAAGAAUGCCGCUCAAAAGCUGACCACGUCGAAGGUGAUGCUAUCGCCGGAGGAGUUGCAACAACAUGCGGCCUACAAAGAGUACCUGGAGGCGGGCGAGUACUGGAACAAGUACCCGAAGACGGAUUACACGUACUCGGAGCUGUCGCCCCAUCGGCGUGAGGUAGCACCUGGUCUGGUUGCAAUGCCGAAUAUGUCCCGGCCGAGCCUGAACAAGCACGCCGAACGGGUGCAAACGAUGAUCCAGCGUAAUCCCGAGCAGGAAGCGUUUAUACGCGAGCGCUAUACCUCGGCACGGUCGCGUUUGAUCCGAUCGAAUCCGUACGAUUCGAACGACGAGACGGAUGAUCUGGCGCAGAGCAAAAGUAGCCAUCGGCAGCAACAGCGCGUAACGGUCGAGCAUCGUUCGAUCGUGAGCCGUUUCUUCCUGUCGAUUGUGACGAUCUGCUUUACGUGCGUCGAUGCCGUGCGCAGCGUGUUCCGUCGUCGGGAUGAACAGCACAUGUACUACACGCGCAUUGAAGACGAGCGAGGCUUUUUUACGCGCGUGUACGGUUCUGUGACGUCCUUCUUCGUGAACGUAUUCAAACGCAUUUAUAUGUUCAUAUCUUCCGUAAUGUUUUUGGACGCUUGGUUGCUUCAAACAACGGCAGGUAAUGCGGAACAACAGCAGGGCGGUCAACGAAAGCGUCGCUUCCUGCUGUUCCUGUUGCUGCUGCUACCAUUCUUGGUUAUCGGAGCGUACUUGUUGGCGGAUGAGGAUCAAACGAUCGUAUUGCCUGCCUCGUCCCGGGCCACACUCGCCCUCUCAUCGCUGUCCCGCAUUCUUCCAUCAAACCUCAAGGAUUCGGACGCGAAUAUGGAAUCUUUUUACCAGUACUUGAACGAAAAGAACCUCAACUUCCGCGCGAAUGUGCAUUCCGCAUCGUCGUUCCUUGCAGCACUGUCACCGUUCGGCUGGAUACCGGCCAUCUCCUGGCCUUGGUCAUGGUCGUGGAGUUGGAUUGUUGGUGAUGGGUUCAAAAAAGACACGCCGUAUCGGGAAACCAUUCGCAACACCCUUCAGCGUACCCUUAGCAAGGAAGAGUUCGAUGAACUCAUGCGGUACAUCGAUGGGUAUAUCGAUGGGGUGAUGGAACAAAAGUACGCUUCCAAACUAGAAGUAGAACGGUUACAGAGGUCGAUCGAAUCGGAAGCUACAAAGGAAGCUAUUACCCCCGCAAUUACCGUCCACGUUGCGCAAGUAAUCGAGGAAAGCUUGAAGUCCUACAACUACCAUCUAACAGACAGUGAUGUGGAUAAGGUGGCGGAAAAGGUCCACCAAGCGUUGCAAGCCAACUAUCCCCAGCUAUUCAAGGAAUCGUCCAAGAGCGAAGACACUACCCCGGAAAGAGGUACCGUCGUGCUGUCGAAGGAAUACAUUGCCGAGAUUCAGCGAUUGGUUGAGCAGCAUAUUACGGUGCAAAACAAUCACUACGUCAUCGGUGGUUCUGAGCUGGAGGAUAUUCUGGCGCGCAUACUAUCGUCCGAUAAACUGAGCGCUUUAAUCGAUCAACGAAUCGUUGCGAACAGUGUCGCACAGUCUGAAGAUCGCAGUACGGCUGAUCAACGCCAGCGAGAAGCGUUGGUGGACGAUCUUCGCAAAGAGCUGAAGGAUAUUAAGGCACACUUUAGCGAGCAGCUGCUGAGCAGCAGUGUCACGUGGGAGGAACGCCUUCUAUUGGUGCAGCAAAAUCAAAAACAGUUCGAAGAACAGUUGAAAGCCUACAGGUUAGAGAGUAACGCGUUGUACCAAAAACUGCUCGCCGACAUUGACAAUCGUUUGAACGCGUUAAAGGAGGAAAAGUAUGAAGGAGUGAAUAAGGUUAUUCGCGAGAACAUUAUCACAAUAUUGGGCCUUAAUGUAAAGCAAGACAUUGCCGAUGGUGAUCUGCGUGCGUGGAUUAACGGGCUGUUCGUAGCACGGGACCAUCUAGAGCAGCGGUUGCAGGAGAAACAGGCGCAGGUGAAUGUGGACGUACGUGAGGAAAUCGAUCGAGCCGCGAGCCGUUUGAUGAAGGAAAUAAGCGAACAGAUGCGCAUGGAAAUGAUGCUGCGUUUGAAGGAAGAAUCGGUACGAGAAACUUCCACUGUCAGCCAUACAACUGUUACCUCAGAGUCGUCGACCGGAGGAGAUGAUACCCCGGCUAAGAUUACCAGCUCCAAUCUCACCGAGGACGACGUGAAGCGAAUUGUCCGUGAUGCUCUAAUAGUGUACGAUGCCGACAAGACGGGUAUGGUGGACUACGCGCUUGAAUCGGCCGGCGGCCAGGUGCUUUCGACCCGGUGCACCGAAAGUUAUCAGGCGAGUUCGGCCGAAUUUCGUAUCUUCGGCAUUAUACCGAUAUGGUAUCCGUCCAACACACCGCGAACGGUCAUUUCGCCCACGAUGGAACCAGGCCAGUGCUGGGCGUUCCAAGGAUUCCCCGGAUAUUUGGUCAUACAAUUAAAUACCGAGAUUAUCGUGACUGGCUUCACGCUGGAGCAUAUUUCCAAACUGCUUGUAUCGAACGGAUCAAUUAGCUCAGCCCCGAAGCACUUCACUGUUUGGGGUCUGGUGGCACUGAACGAUCCCGAACCUGUCCUGCUGGGCAGCUACGAGUACCUGGACAAGAUGGGCAGUAGUGUGCAGUACUUCCCGGUGCAAAACAACGACUGGAACAAGCCAUUACAGAUUGUUGAGCUACGCAUCGAAUCGAACCACGGCAAUAUUCACUACACCUGCCUUUACCGAUUCAGAGUGCAUGGCGAUAAGGUGUAA